UGUAGGUUUCCAGUUUCCACACAAGUCUUGCACUUUGUCUUCACUCGGUCCAUUUCUUCUUCUUCAACCUCCAAAUUGUUCAAAAUUGUUAACAAAAAAUAAAUUUUGUAAAUAUAGCUGAAGAAUGGAUAACCUGAUGAUGCCUUGCAUUUCUGUAACAAAACCCCUUGUAAUAAUUCCACAAAAACAAGACAUGUUAUCUGAAUUCUCAACAAAAUCCAUCAAAUCCGCACUUUCUUUUACCAAAAAACCCGGCCUAAGAUCUACAGAUGCUCAUUUAAACUACCUUUGUAGAAAUGGACGUCUGACCGAGGCCAUAACAGUUCUGGAUUCCAUUGCCAAACAAGGCUCGAAGGUAAGAGGGAACACCUAUAUUAACUUACUCCAAUCAUGCAUUGAUUUUAAUGAUAUUCAACUUGGCCGAAAACUCCAUGCCAAUAUCAAUUUAGUGUCAGAAAUAGACGUGUUUGUUGAAACCAAGCUAGUUAGCAUGUAUGCAAAAUGCGGGUGUUUUAAUGAUGCUUUUAAGGUUUUUGAUGGAAUGCGUGAAAGGAAUCUGUACACGUGGUCGGCGGUUAUCGGGGCACGUUCACGAGAGCAAAGAUGGCGGGAAGUAGUCGAGCUGUUCUUUUUGAUGAUAACCGAUGGUGUGUUGCCUGAUGAUUUCUUGUUUCCAAAAAUUUUGCAAGCUUGUGGAAAUUGUGGGGACUUUGAAACUGGAAAACUGAUACAUUGUUUAGUAAUUAAAUUGGGGAUGACCUGCGUUACGCGUGUUAAAAAUUCAAUCUUGGCUGUGUAUGUAAAAUGUGGGAAAAUGAGUUGGGCGAGAAGGUUUUUUAAAAGCAUGGAUGAGCGGGAUAAAGUGGCUUGGAAUUCUAUGAUAUCUGGUUAUUGCCAAAUUGGUGAGAAUGAACAGGCUCAUAGGUUCUUUGAUGAGAUGUGUAAAGAGGGGAUUGAACCAGGUCUUGUGACAUGGAACAUUUUGAUUCGUAGUUAUAACCAAUUAGGGCAAUGUGAAGCUGCAAUGGAAUUGAUGAAGAAGAUGGAGAGUUUGAGGAUUAGUCCUGAUGUUUUUUCUUGGACUUGUAUGAUUUCGGGGUUUGCUCAAAAUGGGAGGACAAUUGAGGCGUUGGAUUUGUUUAAGGAGAUGUCUUUUGUUGGGGUUAAGCCAAAUGAGGUUACCAUUACAAGUGCAAUUUCUGCUUGUACAGAUUUAAAAGCAUUAGAAAUUGGGUUGCAAUUACAUUCUGUUGCUGUUAAGAUGGGCUUCAUUGAUGAUGUACUGGUUGGGAAUUCACUCAUUGGCAUGUAUUCCAAGUGUGGGGAGUUAGAAGAUGCUGAGCGAGUGUUUGAUAUGAUCAAAGAGAAAGAUAUUUAUACAUUGAACUCAAUGAUUGGAGGAUAUUGUCAAGCUGGCUACUGCAGCAAGGCCUAUGAACUCUUCAUGAAAAUGCAAAUAUCAGAUAUACCACCUGAUGUCAUUACGUGGAAUGCAAUGAUCUCAGGAUAUAUACAAAAUGGAAAUGAGGAUGAAGCCAUGGAUCUUUUUCGAAGAAUGGAGGAGGAUGGGAAAAUUAAGAGGAACAGCGCCUCAUGGAACGCACUUAUUGCUGGUUACUUGCAACUUGGCCAGAAAAAUAACGCAUUGGGGGUAUUUCGAAAAAUGCAGUCUUACUGUUUUAGUCCGAAUUACGUAACCAUCUUGAGUGUCUUACCUGCUUGUGCAUAUUUAGUCGCAGCCAACAAGGUGAAAGAGAUCCACAGUUGUGUACUGCGCAGAAAUUUAGAUUCUUCACUCCCUGUUACGAAUUCACUUAUGGACACUUACGCCAAGUCAGGGAAUGUUGUAUACUCAAGAACUCUAUUUGAUGGACUGCCAUAUAAAGAUAUGAUCUCCUGGAACUCAGUGAUUUCUAAUUAUGUUUUAUAUGGCUUUUGGGAUACUGCACUUGAUCUGUUUGAUCAAAGUAGAAAAUUUGGAUUUAAACCGAAUAGAGGUACUUUUAGUUUGGUGGAAGGCGAGAAGAAACCAGUAGCAGUUGGGCCAUGGGGAGGUCAAAACGGUGUUCACUGGGACGAUGGAGUUUAUACAACAGUGAGGCAGCUUGUGAUAGCUCAUGGAGCUGGUAUUGAUUCCAUCCAGAUUGAAUAUGAUAAGAAAGGGAGCCAAGUUUGGUCAGCUAAACAUGGAGGAAAUGGAGGCAGUAAGUUAGACAAGGUUACACUUGAGUACCCAGAUGAGUUCCUAACUGCAGUCCAUGGACACUACGGUACUGUAAACGAUUGGGGAGCAGUGUGUGUCAGAUCACUAACUUUCCAAAGUAACAAAAAAACAUAUGGACCUUUUGGUAUUGAGCAAGGAACAUAUUUUUCCUUCCCAAUGACUGGAGGCAAGAUUGUUGGGUUCCACGGCAGGAGUGGUUGGUAUUUGGAUGCCAUUGGAGUUUAUCUAAAGCCUCUUCAGAAUAAAAAUUCCUCCAAAUCCAUUGUUCAUUCACAAAGUUUUCUUACUAAUGGAUCCGAGAAAGUUGGCUACUCACUAGUACAAGGAAGCGUGGGUGAAAGCUAUGACAUAGUUCUUGCUGUAAAGCAAAAGGAUUCUUUUGGCGCUAAUCACCUACCAACCAUCCUCUCAAGGCAGAGCUCUAGUACUUCUCUAGACUCCUCCAGUGACGAAGAUAACAAAACCAAACAUAACAAGAUGCAUAGUAAUGACAAACUGCGUAGUAUGGACAAACUUCCCAUAAAAGUAAAUGGUGUAUUAUCCUAUGGACCCUGGGGUGGCAGUGGUGGAUCAACGUUUGAUGAUGGUAAUUUUACAGGGGUUAGACAAAUUAAUAUUUCUCGCAAUGUUGGAAUCGUUUCGAUAAGAGUUUGUUAUGAUCGUGAUGGGCAAGCUGUCUGGGGUAGCAAACAUGGCGGUACUGGAGGAUUUAGAAAUGACAGGGUGAUCUUUGAUUAUCCAUAUGAAAUAUUAACACAUAUAACAGGAACGUAUGGGCCUUUAAUGUACAUGGGACCAAAUAUCAUUAAGUCACUCACCUUCCACACCACCAAAGGGAAGCAUGGGCCAUUUGGAGAAGAACAAGGACCCUCAUUCACCCACAAAAUGAACGAAGGCAAAAUUGUUGGAUUCCAUGGAAAAGAGGGUUUAUUCUUGGAUGCUAUUGGUGUACAUGUAAUGGAAGGAAAAGUAUCUCCGCAGUCACAUCCUGUUUCUAAUGCAAUUAACAAAAGUGAAGGACCUAUAGCUGAGAUUGAUAAUCCUCAAUGGUCUAACAAACUUCUAGUUGCAAAGCGAGGACCAACUGAAGAGGUUGCGUGUGCGGUGAUAAAAGAACCAGCUCCAUUUGGACCAGGUCCUUGGGGUGGAGAUGGAGGGAGACCAUGGGAUGACGGAGUAUAUUCUGGGGUUAAGCAAAUAUUUGUGACAAGAGGAGACGCUAUUAACUCCAUUCAAAUUGAGUAUGAUCGAAAUGGACAAUCCGUUUGGUCUAUAAAACAUGGAGGAAAUGGAGGCUCUUUCACACAUCGGAUAAAAAUGGAGUACCCACAUGAAAUGCUGAAUCGCCUGUCUGGAUAUUAUGGUCCGGUGAGUACAGAUGAUAAAUCAAAAGUAAUAAAGUCAUUAACAUUUUAUACGAGUAGAGGGAAGUACGGUCCAUAUGGGGAGGAAGUCGGAACAUAUUUCACUUCAACAACAACAGAGGGAAAGAUAGUUGGUUUCCAUGGAAGGAGCAGCUACUACUUAGAUGCCAUUGGAGUUCAUAUGCAACAUUGGCUUGGAAAUACUCAAAGAACCACCCGUUCUUUUUUCAAGUUUUUGAAUUAAACCUAUAUACAUAUAUUGUAUAUGUUCACUCACUGUCACUAGAAUAAUACGUCUUGAAUCUCAUGCCCAAUAACCUAUAUA